CUAUGUUACGUGUAACCGAUCGAGCAUAACACAUUUGUGAAAUGUGUCCCACUGCAGACCCCCACCUGCCUAGGUCAUCAGUCAGCUGAAGAAUGAACUCGCCACAAACAUACCGGUCUCCAGCCUUGAUCUACUCACCCAGCUGUCUACACAUGAUGUACAGUGGCAGGAGUAAUGAUUUUUCCUAAUGGGAACAUCUUCUACUAGAGGUUGUUUCAAGAUGCCGGCUGACAAGGUGAUUCCGGUGAGAGUGGCAGUUAGAUGUCGGCCGCUAAUCCCGAAGGAAGUAGGUGAAGGCUGCCAGCUGUGUGUGAACUUCACCGUGAAUGAACCCCAGAUAGUGAUUGGCCGAGAUCGUGCCUUCACCUAUGACUUUGUCUUCAAACCCUCCAACUACCAGUGUGAAGUUUAUGAAAACUCAGUGAAACCGCUGCUUGACAGUUUGUUUAAAGGUUACAAUGCAACAGUGUUGGCGUACGGCCAGACAGGCAGCGGCAAGACGUUCACAAUGGGAGGAUGUUACGAGGCGUCUCUGAUCCAGGAUGAAGAGCACAUGGGGGUGAUACCAAGGGUGUUGCGAGAACUCUUCCAGGGGAUUGAUGAGAGGAAAGAUGAAAGUGACUUCAAUAUCUCAGUGUCGUACCUUGAGAUUCACAAGGAAGACCUGCACGACCUUCUCUGCCAUCCCUCCAAGAGAGAGUGUCUCGUCAUUAGGGAGGAAGCUAACGGCGGAAUUGCUAUAGCUGGUUUAAGAGAAGUAAAAGUGAAGUCCUUUGAAGAGACCAUGAAGUGUCUGUCACAAGGGUCAUCUUCACGCACCACAGGAUCGACUGCCAUGAACAACACCUCGAGCCGAUCUCACGCCAUCUUCACCAUAACUGUAGACAGAGUCAGUAAGGAUGACCCAGAGGAUUCUUGCAAGGCUAAAUUCCACCUGGUGGAUUUAGCGGGCUCUGAGCGGAUCAAGAGAACGCAUGCAGAAGGAGAGAGACUUAGAGAAGGUAUCAACAUCAACCGCGGUUUGCUGGCCCUGGGUAACGUGAUCAGCGCCCUGGGAGACGACAGUCAGAAGAGGAACCACAUUCCUUACCGAGACUCCAAACUCACUCGUCUGCUGCAAGACUCGCUGGGCGGCAACAGCCACACCCUGAUGAUCGCCUGUGUCAGCCCUGCCGACUCCAACAUGGAGGAGACCAUCAACACACUGAGGUACGCUGACCGUGCGCGGAAGAUCAAGAACAAGCCCAUCAUCAACCGAGACCCCCAGCAGCAAGAGAUCAUGCGGCUCAAGUCACUGGUCCAGCAGCUGCAGGUCCAGAUGAUCCAGGGUGGUCCAGGGGACGUGACUGUAACAGUCAAACAACAGUCAAGCCCUGUCAACAGCAGCAGCACAGAAUACAAGACCAUGCUGGACAGAACGAAACUGUUGGAGGAGGAGAACACCAAACUGACAAAGGAGCUACAGUCGUCAGUGGAUCAAAACACCAUCAACCUGGAACGGUCCAUCAAGUUAGAACUGAGCAGGGACAAACUGAGGUCGAAACUCCGGGAGUUCAAGUCACACACGGGAGUGGACUUUGAGCUGCUGAGUCAGAGCAUCGAUGCCGACAGCAACCCCCAGAUGAGGGGUGAGUUGGAGAAGCUGCGGAGACUGGCAGACAACGUAAGGACAGAUUCAGAGGAAGAACGAAGUGAUGACUUGAUUGAUGAAUCCCUUGAGCCUGAGGAUGACGACGGAGAGGCUCUGCCGUCGACACCAGACAGCCGCGCCAUCUCCACACAGCAUGUGUUGAAACAAGCUCAGAUGAACAGGGAGCUUCAGGAGCUGAACCGACUCCUGGCCAAGAAGGAGGAGCUGGCGUCUCAGAUGACGGACAACGAUGGCAAGAUGGAGACCAUGAAGAAACACUAUGAGCUCUCGGUGAAGGAACUGGAGACAGAGAUUACAGAUCUGCAGAAAGAGAAGGAGAAUCUCUCCCACGCCCUGAUGGAUGCCAAGAUGAACUCAGCAGCCAACAAGAUGCAGGAGCUGCAGAGACACAGAUAGGGGAAGUUGAAGAAGAAGAUGGUGGAGCAGAGUAAGAUGGUGAAGUUGAAGGAGCAGUCAGACAAGCAGGUUCUGAAGCUCAACACAGACAUCCAGUCCAUGAAGCACCAGAGAGUCAAACUUAUGAAGCAGAUCAAGGAGGAUGCUGAGUCGUUCCGGAAGUGGAAGCAGCAGAAAGAUAAGGAGGUGCUACAGCUGCAGCAGAAGGACCUCAAGCGACAGUGUGAGAUCCAGAAGAUGCAGAAGACCCAUGAGAAGCAGCAGACUGUCCUGAGACGGAAGGCUGAGGAGGCAGCUGCAGCCAACAGGAGGCUGAAGGAUGCCCUAGCACGGCAGAAGACAGUGAUGGAAGAGAGGAGUAAACAGCUGAACAAGUGUGAUGGUAGCAGCAUCGGCAACAGAGUCAGGGCUUGGCUCAGCCAGGAGCUGGACGUGCAGGUCAGCAUCCGAGAGGCCAAGUAUCACCUGGACAGUCUGCUGGCCGACCGCAAGACACUCGCUACACAGCUGGCCGACCUCAAGGCCAAGCUGGAUGAUACACCCCCGAAGAAAAAAAUGGCCUGGGUCAACUCAGAAGGCUCCACUGAGGAUGUAAGCUUUGAACAAGACAGUGUCAUUUCACAGAUCACAGCACUGGAAACAGAAAUUGAGUUGAGGAACAUCCAGAUCUCAGAUCUACAACAAAAAAUUGUUGAUGCAGAUCAAGACAGCAAGGGCAAGUCGGCGUGGGAGUCCCUGCACACCAUGAUGGAGGCCAAGUGUGGACUGAAGUGGCUGCUGGAGCAGGCCGUGUCAGCGAAGGCCGACAUCUCCAUCACCAAGACUGAGCUUAAGGAGGCUCAUGCUACAAACGAGGACUCGAGUCAGGCUGCCCAGCACAUGGAAGACCAGAUCACCAAGCUGAGGAACCAGUUCGAGUCAAAGAUAACAGUUCUGCAGAGGGAGCAUGAGUCCAAGGUUCUGUUCCUCCUGAAGAAACUCAACUCAGUGUCAAGUGAUGCCAACAUGUCUGCUGACCAGGAUACAAGAGAGAGACUUGAAUUCCAGGAAAAGACAAUCGAAUCUCUGAGCGAGCUCAGCGACAGGCUACAACAAGUUACGGAAGAAAAUGAAGGACUUAAGAAGCAACUGACCCGAGCGAUGUACCAGGGGAAACACAUGGCACUCAUGCCCAGCAUAUCGGAACCUGGGUCCUCUCCAUUCCUCACCCCCGUCCUCAAACCCAAGACAAAGCCAAAGAAAAAGUCGACAGCUGCAUUCAUGGAUGAGUGGGAUGAUGACCCUGUUGAGGAUUUAGAUACAAGUGACGAGGACUGGACCCAAACACCCAUCUACAAGUCAAAAGCCAAGCCCAAGAAAACAACUAAACAAACUAAACAAACCAAACAGAUGAAAGGAAAGAAGGCAACAUCCCAAUCGUCACUUAACAGCACCUUCAGUUUUGACGACGACAAGUCCAAGACCAGUGAUGACACGCCUAUCGAUGUCGCCCAGUUGAAGACAGGCAAGUCUCGCAGGAUCUUCCAGGCCAUAGAGUCCAGCGACAACACGACACGCAGCUCAGAUGAAUUUGAGAAGCCUAAGGUCAGAGCAUCUCUGGUGAAGAAGGAGGCAGUGAGGCUAGUGACAGUAAUGACUCCAUAAACUCCACCACGCUGGGCGGUGGGCUCAAGAAGAAGAGGAAGCUUCACAACCCCAAUAGAUCUAGUCUGUUUACACCGCUGGCAUGAACUGCCGUCAAGACGGCCACACACAUGUUGUUUCCGUGACAGUAACACAAGACCACCAGAACACCUCCCAUGAGAACAGAUACACAGAAUCAUUGACCCUUCAACACAGCAGGAUAUACUGACAUCAAACUGCUGCAGGUUGUGUCCAGGAGGACAUGUAAUGAUGAAUAUCCUGUGUUAACGCUGUGUUCACGCAGUGAGUCUCUUCAAUCAUGGAAGCUGCAACAUCUUAUUGUCCUACAGACAUAAAACUACGGGGUUAUAAAGUCCUGGAUUGGAUGAAGCAGAUUCAUGGUCAGCAGGACUGGAACAUCUGACUAAAUGAUCUGGAUAGAUGAAUUGAAUAUGUUGAAUUAUCCUCUGGAAGUAUACCAUCUUGGGAGUGGUGAAAUAUUGGACAGCUGUGCAGGGUUUAUGAGAUAUGUAUGUAGAACAUACAGAGAUGCCAACCACUCUGAUUUUGGAGGUGUUACUCCGAUUUUCAAAUACAAAAUCCACACUCCGAUUUGUCUAUAAAAACUUAGCAAUUUCUGGGCAUACUUAACCAGAUAAUACUUAACUCAAACGAACAUAUUUACUAAAUUCAUAAACAUGUUUGUAUUUUCUAAAAAAAUCAGAUUUCCAGGCUAAAUCUAAAGAUUUUCAUAGGGGAGGCCCCCUAGACCCCAACUGUCAAAAGGGCCUGAGCCCCCUCUCGCGUUCACCCCCAACUCGCACCUUCAGGGCUUGUGAAUUGCUUUUAACAAGACAUGACUCCGCUUUCAUUUGAUUCAGGGUUGGCAUCUCUGAAACAUAUAUGAACAGGUAACUGAAGGUAUGCUUACAACUCGCAAAGAUUUUGUUGUUGUGCUGUUGUAAACAUGUGAGAAAUGUAUAACUGGUUGCAAGGUCUGAAAACCUUUUUACUAUAUAAACAUUGCAGUGUGAAUGUGAAAUCUAAAUUGGUUGUGCCCUUCAAUAUGACUUAUCAUAAUUUAUGACUCUACGUGAAAUCUGUUUGUCACUUUGACUGUCACCGGCGUCAUGGUGUAUAAAACUGGUGGCAGUAUUCCAUCAUUGUGAAAUAUAUACCAGGGCUCAAUUUGGUGCUUUGUUACUUGCACUGGUGCAACCCAAUAUUACAAAGUGCAACCUAGUUAUUAGUCUAACUUGCACCAGGUGCAAGUCAAUGUUUGAGACUUCAGCUGGAAAACAGAAUGAUGAGGAACUGACUUGGAAGAGUGACUCUGAUGACUGUAUGAGCAGUGACUAAAGGACUUACUGUUCAUGAAAUUUCAGGAAGUGAGGUAACUAAUCUUAUCAGUCCCAGAUUUCUUUUGUUAUAAUGUUCUAAACUAUCAUUACCAAAACUCAAUAUUUUAUACCAGAUUCUAUAUUGAGCAGCAGGUGCAACCUGUUUUUAUCUGAUGCAACAAGGUUUCUACCUAAGGUUGCACUGGGUGCAAGUAAGUUUCAUUUCUUUAAAUCGGGCCCUGUAUACACCUUGUCAUUGUACAUAUGUCAAUCACUUCAUCUUGUGUCUGUGAUUUAUGAGGAAUGGCUGAAUUUUCACAUCUACUUCUUUCAUUAUAAUGUGCGAAAUUUACGCUGGUCCUGGGGUCCCUGGCUAGAAGAAAUUCAUCAGGUCCACUAAAUGAUAUGUUUGCAGUGGUCCUGGUGGCCAGUGAAUUUUGUACUGAUAGUUCAGUAAAUCUACGAAUUGUACUUUGGACCAGUGAAGUACAGACAGGACAAUUAAUUAUUGUCUACUAACUGGCCCUGUAAUCUAGUGGUAAAUUUUGAAAGGUUUCUUUCCCUGCAAUUAUAUUAGAGGUUUGUAAAUAUGUACAGUAACUGGGGUUAACAAAAACAACAAACAUUCACAGUUCAUAGGUCACUGGUGGCUUAGUGGUGUAAGGCUAAGGAGUUUGUUAUAGAGAGUUGCAUCCCUUAGUUGUUUCACAAUCCACUUCUGAUGGGUGGAAAUCCCUGAAAUGUCCUAAUGAUGAUCAUUGGGUGUCAGUACCAUACCCUCCAGCCUCAUGGCGCUUCCUCAAUACUGUCAA